AUGGCGUUGACUGUGAAGCAGCUCAAUGCUGAUGCCUCGUUCCUUCUAACUUUUGAACCUAUCGUCCCCGAACCAAUUCCGGGUGUCACCACAAGGCCGUUCCGGAUCCUGAUGGAUCCAUGGAUCACAGGACCAUCCACCAUAUUCCAUUCUAUACUCUCGACCGCAACGCAUAAGGAGUACCCGUGCGUUUGCUCUCUACAACACCUGCCGGAACCUGAUCUCGUCAUCAUCAGCCAGCACAAGAGCGACCACUGCAACGAAGCAACACUCCGACAGCUACCGGCCGCUGGGACAAAGACGCUGAUAUUGGCGGAACCCGCAGCUGCGAAAGUGAUCCGGAGUUGGAAUUACUUCAACAAGGACAAGGUGCAUACGAUUCCACGAUGGGAAGACCCGCAUACAACGGGAAAGCACUCCGUGGUCAGGGUGAAGGUGCCCCCGUUCACGCCCGGCGGCGAGCCUGGAGAGGUAUCGGUUGCCUUCAUCCCGCAACGCAGGGACUUCAAGGGCUUACACGCCGCCGUCGGCAUCACAUACCGGCCGCCGCCGACAUGGCCCAGGUUCACCCAUCUCCUGACGCCCCCGGAGACGCCAACACCGCAACAGUCCCGUCUUAUCACGCCCCAGGUCUCGAUGGUGCCACACCAAAAGCCUAAAAACGCGCCUGCGUACCUCAGCCUUCCAACACCCCCCGAGACACCAAGCAGCAGGUCCCUAAGUUCCGUCCGCUCCGGGGCCUCCGUCGUGCCGGCCCUGGAUGCCCGUGACAGAGCCGUCUCGGUCAUCUUCUCCCCCCACGGUAUUUCGUAUCGCUGCCUCGAGAAGUACGCCAGCACUCAUCUCAAGGCUGAAGCGGCGCUGCCUCUGACCGCUCUCUUGCACUGCUUCGACACGGUGUCGAACCCGUGGUGGCUUGGUGGAAAUAUCUCGACCGGUAUGCCGGCGGGCCAGGAGACGGCGGCAGCGCUUGGGGCCAAGGCGUGGGUCAGCACCCACGAUGGCGACAAGGACGUCAGGGGACUGGUAACGAGGAUGCUGAGGACAAAGAGAUACACGCAGAAGCAAAUUGCCGGCCCGUCUCAGUCUGGCAAGAGGCGCGGCGACAAACGUACUGGUCGUGAGAAGGCCGGUGAUAAGGAGAAGGAUGGAAAGGGAACGGAGGUUCUUGUCCUUGGGGUAGGCGAGGAAGUUGCAAUGACAGGCGAGGGUGUAUGGAAUGUCGAGCCUGGGGCGCGGGUACUACCUUCGGCCGGCAAGGUGCUAGAGGACGAGAGGAAGCUGAGAGGCCGAGCAAGGGGGCGGGGGUUGACGCCGGUUAACACUACAGCCAAGUAUGGACCUCGUCCAUGA